ACUUGAGCUCAGGAGUUCAAGACCAGCCUCGGGAAUACAGUGAGACCUCGUCUCUACUAAAAAUUUUUAAAUUACCAAAAAAAAAAAAAGUAAAAAAAAUUAGAAUUCUAAUAGUACCUAUCUCAUAGGAUUGUGAAAAAUAGUAGUAAUGUAUGUAAAAUAUUUAGCACAUAGUGGGCACGAAGAAAUGACAGUUAUCAUUAUUAUUAUGAGGCCUGGGAGAGCUGUGCCCAGCCUAUCGUGGGAGGCCUUGACCUUUGGACUCAAAAGUGGCAGCAGGUCCACCCCCUCAUACACCCUGUCACCAAGAAAGCGUCCACAGUUUAAAGGAGCUAUAUUAAAGCACCCCAAGUAAGAGGACUGAACCAGAUGUGGAACUCACUCACCUCCCCUCUCACCUCACUGCCCUCACCAGCCAGCCGCUUGUCAAGUGAUCAGGCACUCAACCAGCUUCUCUAGGAUAAGGUUUCAGGUCAGCCCGUGUGUAUAAGACCAGUGCCAAGCCAGAAGCAGCAGAGACAACAGUGAAUGACAAGGAGGGGCCAUCCGAUCCCUGCUGCCACCCCCUGGGAUGGAGCCAUAGGGAGCCCCUGUGCUGCCCCUGCCCUGGCAGGACUCACAGCCUCACUGCUGCACUGAAGCCCAGGGCUGUGGAGCAGCCUCUUCCCUUGGACCUCUCGGCCCUAAAGAGACUGGGCAGAGCCUUCCAGGACCAUGGUUGGACUGAAGCCUUCAGACGUGCCUCCCACCAUGGCUGUGAAGUUCCUGGGGGCAGGCACAGCAGCCUGUUUUGCUGACCUCCUUACCUUUCCACUGGACACAGCCAAGGUCCGCCUGCAGAUCCAGGGGGAGAACCCGGUGGCCCAGACGGCCCGGCUUGUGCAGUACCGCGGCGUGCUGGGCACCAUCCUGACCAUGGUGCGGACCGAGGGUCUCUGCAGCCCCUACAAUGGGCUGGUGGCCGGCCUGCAGCGCCAGAUGAGCUUCGCCUCCAUCCGCAUCGGCCUCUACGACUCUGUCAAGCAGGUCUACACCCCUCAAGGCGCAGACAGCUCCAGCCUCACUACCCGGAUUUUGGCUGGCUGCACCACGGGAGCCAUGGCAGUGACCUGUGCCCAGCCCACAGAUGUGGUGAAGGUCCGAUUUCAGGCCAGCAUACACCUCGGGUCGUCUGGGAGCGACAGAAAAUACAGCGGGACUAUGGAUGCCUACAGAACCAUCGCCAGGGAGGAAGGAGUCAGGGGCCUGUGGAAAGGAACUUUGCCCAACAUCAUGAGGAAUGCCAUUGUCAACUGUGCUGAGGUGGUGACCUACGACAUCCUCAAGGAGAAGCUGCUGGACUAUCACCUGCUCACUGACAACUUCCCCUGCCACUUAGCCUCUGCCUUUGGAGCCGGCUUCUGUGCCACAGUGGUGGCCUCCCCGGUGGAUGUGGUGAAGACCCGGUAUAUGAACUCACCUCCAGGCCAGUACCUCAGCCCCCUCGACUGUAUGAUAAAGAUGGUGGCCCAGGAGGGCCCCACAGCCUUCUACAAGGGAUUUACACCCUCCUUUUUGCGUUUGGGAUCCUGGAAUGUGGUGAUGUUCGUAACCUAUGAGCAGCUGAAACGGGCCCUGAUGAAAGUCCAGAUGUUACGGGAAUCUCCGUUUUGAACACGACAAGAAGGCCACUGGUAGCUAUCGUGUCCCAAACCAGUUAAGAAUGGAAGAAAACAGUGGAUCCACGCACACAUGGACACAGACCCACACAUGUUUACAGAACUGUUGUUUACUUGUUGCUGAUUCAAGAAAC